AAGGGGGAUUGUGGGUAGCCGCUGCCUUUUCCGGCGAGGAGCAAGAGGGAGGAAGUUGCGGCCUAGCUUGAUCCAAGCGGCAACAGAAGAAGUGCACAGCCAUGCCUCGCCAAAUUGAGGAGAUCAAGGAGUUCCUCCUCAAGGCACGGAGAAAGGAUGCCAAAUCCGUGAAGAUCAAGAAGAACAAAGAAAACUACAAGUUCAAGCUGCGCUGCUCACGCUUCCUCUACACCCUGGUGAUCAUGGACCAGGAGAAGGCCGACAAGAUCAAGCAGUCACUCCCACCGGGUCUGGAGGUGAAGGAGCUCAAGUAGCAACAGCAGCCGCUGCUGCUGAUGUCGCUGUCCUUCUGUUCGUUAUUCAAAUAAAAUCCCACCGUGAGAAAGA